CAUGGAACGGGCUGUAAACCCCAUCGAUCUGACCUCCCUGAAGAGCGGCCGCAACCUCACAUCUUGCAGGCUUUCUCGUUUGCCUAGAUAUAAACGGAUGAGCGGUUGCAGAUAGACGCCCUCCUCGGUUGAUGGAUUUAUCGCCUUUAUCCCUCAUUCGCCAUGGGACAGGCUGAUCUGGAUUACCUGAGAAUGCAAACAACUGGCGAACGCCCAGUUUAGUGUUUGAUAACCGAAAACACUCACGCGAUCACUAAGAAUACCCCGGCUUUAAAGGCAGUUGAUACAGAGUACCCCGGAAAUAAAAAGGAGCUGCCUACUGUUUUGGCCUGCGGCCCCUACUUUCAAUGUAUGGAGGAUGGCAGAUGGUCGCCCACCUAGGUGUUGCUCUAUGUGCAGUCUUGAUUCUGGGGCUGCCGCUAUACCAGCCUAGCAUAUCAAGCCUACUCCAGGACCGAACGAUGGGAUGGGCAUCAAUUCUGACGUAUUAUGUCGUCUAUCCAGUCGUGCUUUUCUCGAACAUAGCUAUUUCUAUUCUGAGCCUCGUGACAGCUCCGCUGAUCGAGCUCUCGUCCCAUAUGCUUUACAUCUCUCUUCUACCAUGGCACCUGUCUACGAAACUGGAGCCCCUAUUUAAGUUCUUCGGUGUUGCAGCAGUGAUCGGUAUUGCUACUGGCUGGGCUCUAUUCCUGUCUAGCUCUUACAUCUGCCUCCUGCUCAACCUAUCGCCGAGAACAGAAGCGGAAGCGGUUCCAAAACGGCUGCCAAAGCGUAAGCAAAGUUGGGAAGACGAGGCUCCCGUCAAGUCAGAAUGGGCCACGCAGUUCGUCAACGCAAGCGACAGCAAAGACGAUUCCAGCUGGAGAAGUAGCCAACCGGGCCCAUCAGGUCUCAGAUCUCGCCGUCUAAUGGACGCUAACGCAGCGUCAUUGUAGCUUAGCUCAAUCUUUGUCUUGGACCGAGACGAACGGUUGGGCGAAUAGCUAGAUCUCAUAGAUACGAUCCAAGUGGCGAGCACAGGUCGAAUAACACUACUGUACGCUGGCAGUACUUCUUCCAUUACUGUCUCUACACUCUACUCCGUACUGACAUCUCCCUGACCCCACGUAACUACGCAGUGCGACAGCUCGUCACCUAAGCAGAGACAAAAAGA